UUCGGUAACUCAGAUGACAUUAAAAAAGAAUUGAAACAAAUUAUGGGGAUCAAUAGUGAUCAUUUAAAUUUAACGUCUAAGGACAAAUUAGUAAUAGAUUAUCUUAAUAUCUUUAAAAUGAAUCCUAAUUGUGCUUUUAAAGGGAUAUCAAAAGAUGCAAGCGUUUUGCCAAGCAUUAAAGGAGAUACAUACGAUAAUAUAUCAAAACUUUUAAACGUAAAGUCUAUGGAUGAUAUCGUUGAAUUAAUAUCGCCCUCUUCUAAUUCAAAUACAAGAAAAAAGGAGAAAGAAAUAAAAAAUAUAACUACUGAGGCCUAUUUUCAAACGAACAAUGACAAAAAUAAAGACGAAAAGUUCAAUUCAACAAAAAACAAAUUAAAAGCUCACAUAAGUGCGAUUUUCAACGAUCUUAAGGAGUUGCAAAAUCAAAGUGGAAAUUUCUUAAAGGAGAAUAAAGAUAUUGUUAAUAUUUUGCCAUGUCUAUAUAAUUUAUUUGAUGCAGCAAAAAGUGAAGCUAAAGAAAUAACUGGAGUACCUAAAGGUUCAAAUUUAAGUAACAUAAGUCUAAUAUUUGAAUCAUUACGUAAUAACCUUAUUGGUGGUUCUGUCUCACGUAGAAAGGAAUACACUAUUUUGCCCGGAUCUACAAAAGUAUGGGAGAGAGUUAUUAAAAAUUUAAAUAAACGAAGCAAAGAUUCACGACGAAAUUUUAACAGCGGACAUAAAUCUUUUCACGAAAUUAAAAAAAUAAUCGACAACGUUGAUAUGUCAUCAAAUUCAUAUAAAGAAUACGCAAACUUAGCAAACGUACCAGUUUCUAGUCAUUUAAUAUUGUUAAAAGUUAUUCAAGCUAGUGUUUUACAAAUCGUAAAUGCUUUGGAAAAUAUUAAAUCAUUUAUCAAAAGUUAUAUUGAACUGCCAGCAGACGAGGAAUUUGUAAUUAAGAAAUUUAUUGAUAGCGCAGUAAGAAGUAUUAACUUAAAUAAAAGAAUAUCAGAUAAAUUAAAGUCUUAUAAGAAAAAAUUACAACGCGAAGAUCUUAGUAAUUUUAGAGUGGAUACUUUUUACAAGCAAGCAAUGCGUAAUCCUGAUUAUAAUGUAUUAGAGACUCCAACACACGGUCAAUACGAUGAACAAAAAGUUGAAUACAAUCAAGGAAAAGUCUUCACAAAUAAUAGAUUUAUAGAUAAACCUAAAUUUCUUUCAUAUACUGUUGAUACUAGAGAUGUCAGUCGUCAAUCGCUGAAUGAUAAAACAAUGAAAUUCCAAGAAGUUGAUAUAAACAAUUCUAAUGUUUUUAAAUUAACGAGAGAUCAAAUAAUAAGUCAAUUAAUAAAGAAUCGUAUUGAAUUGUACAUACGAAUUAAAGAAGCCAAAGGAAUUAAAUCACACCCUGAUAUCAAUUAUAAUUUAGCAAAAAGGAUAAGGAAUCAAUUGGAAACUGGAAAUUAUGGUUUAGCAAAAGAAUUAUUUUCAGUUUUUAUUACUAAUACUGUAACCGAUACAAAUGAAUUUAGUUCGAAGAAUUUCUCCAAAGGUUCAUCUUCGCAGCAUGUCAAUAUCGAUAAGGAUGCCAUUUUUCCACUGCCGCAAGUCAACGUGAAAAAUUCAAGAAACGACGUAAAAUUCGUGGCAUCGGAAGGUUUGUUAAAACAAUUAAAUGCAUUGAAAGAAAUGAAUUUUUGA